AUGAUGGUAGCAAGAAGAAGAGCAAAUUCAGCCUUCGACAUCCUCGAUGAGUUAUACGAACUUGCGGAGAACGAAAGACAUGACGCAGACGAGGCCGUCCGCCGAAAGAUCAAGUCAUGCGCACGGGAUUUGGAGUUGCACAUUCGGGCAACGGGCAGGCUAUUUAUCGAAGAGGGAAGUAACCAAGUCAUGAGCCGCGAUAAGGAAAUCGCAAGCACUCUGAAAGCCGAGAUGGAACGACACAAGACUGAAGUUCUGUCUGCAUUGUCAACGAAGCUUGGUAAUUUUUUGGCACAGGUCAAACAAGAAGUUCAAAAACUUUCAAACUCGACGCGGAUCCAACAAAGCCGACUAUUUGCAGAGAUGUUGAGCGAAAUCAGAGACGAGUUUCACCUCGAGCAACCGAUGGCACAACCCGCCCGAGUUUCCAAGCGAAAGAGGCAAGAAACAGAUACACAAGCUGCCACUAGAGAUGCGCCAGAAGUAGCCAUGAAGGAGGAGCCUCUCUGA